AUGAAGUUCUCCGCCGCUACCAUGUUCGUCCUUGCCAACGGCAUCGCCGCUCUGCCCUGGUCUCUUGGAGGAACCUCGAAGCACUCUAGUGCACUCGCCGCCGACGAAGACAUCACUCUCCACAUCAAGGUUUCUCAAAACCAGAUGCACAAGACUCCUCCCCAAUCCUCCGAGUUCGACAUCUGUCUGAAGAUCUGCUGGCCGGAGACGCCAACUUGCCCCACCGGCUGGGGCACAGCUGAUUAUCCUUGCUGGACUUGCUGCAAGGCCCCUUCGAGCGACCUGUAG